GAAAGUUCGGAGGUCAGCGCUGCGUCGACGCUUGCUAGCUUGUUCUCUGCGCUCACUCUUUUAUAAUGGCAAAACAUCACCCAGAUUUGAUCUUUUGCAGAAAACAGGCUGGAGUUGCCAUUGGAAGACUGUGUGAAAAAUGUGAUGGCAAAUGCGUGAUCUGCGACUCUUAUGUCAGACCGUGUACACUGGUUCGUAUUUGCGAUGAAUGCAACUAUGGCUCUUACCAAGGACGCUGCGUGAUCUGUGGAGGUCCUGGAGUGUCUGAUGCCUAUUACUGCAAAGAGUGCACCAUACAGGAGAAAGACAGAGACGGCUGUCCCAAGAUCGUAAAUCUGGGCAGCUCAAAGACUGAUCUGUUCUAUGAGAGGAAAAAAUACGGCUUCAAGAAGAGGUGAAGAAAGAAACGGAAGGAGUUUUUUUUUUGUCAAAGUAGCUUUUUUUGUGCACGAUUAUUUCAUUUUGUUAUCAGACUAAAUUGAAUAAAAA